AUGUGGUUUUUACCGUGUAUAUUGCUUGCUGGUUGGGUCGCUGAGAGCGAUGGUUCCCGCGCGCACUUCAGUAACAUCUCGCACGAGUUCACGACGCCGGCGGACGAGAUCGGUCCCAUGCUGCCAGACGAGGGGAUGCAGACCUCAACCGUGGUGGCAGGCCUCAUGCCGGACUCCUUCGCCGAGAUGUUCAACUUUCUCGACGGCGACAGCUUCGGCAUCGGUCCGAUGCACGAGUUCGUUUACGGCUGGCAGGCGAUCGUAAACACCAUGAGCAUGAAGAACAACGUUGAGGUACGCAAACGCGCCGGGCUUCAGCGGUUCGCCCUGGCCGGCAUCAACGGGAUCACCCUCGUGACGCACGGCGGGGCCACGGAGAUAAUGAUAAACGGAACACGCACCUACUGCUUCGGAGGGGUGGCGCGACCGCCGGGCAGGCGUAGCGUCAUCUGCAAGGGUGCGAUGUAUCAGGAAGGCCGGUUCUCUUGCAAGACUCCCUACCUCCGGUAUCCGACUGUUUUGGGCUACCGAUACUGCAUCGAUCAGUAUGCUUCCGUAGCUACCCUCGAUGGAACAUUCAAAACCACUUACUGCUCUCGAGGAGAAUCGAUUCCAAAAUUCCACUACGACUACAUCUGCGAACGCCGGGACGUGAAGAUCAAACGCGUCAAUCUCACGGACCCCAACGAGCGGUUCAACAUCCGCAACCCUAUCGUGCGCCGCGCAGAGUACUACCGCGCGCCCUACGACUUACUGAAGGCAUGCCCUGAUUGGUAUGGCUGCAAUCUGCGCAUCUCUCGAGAGGCGGCGCAUCAGCCUUUACCAGCGCUUCUUGAAGUCAACGAGACUGCCUUCGUGGGCCACGGGGGCAAGUACUGGCUUGCACUAUACUACACGCAGCUCUCGACGUAUGCUGUCUACUUCCAAGCGCAUGGAGAAUACCCGUGGCAGUCCAACAGACCCAUCGUGUCCAUAGACAAGGGUGGUAUUUGGGAACAACUUCUCAAAGCGAAUAUCGGCCCUGAUAUGAACUUGCACUACAACUUGAACGGAAUCUACAACAGGUAUCCCGGCGGAGUUGUUAUGCCUGACUUGAUGAGGAACGAUGGACAGGUUCAGCCAACCAACUUCAGGACGGACACUCGCGAUGGUACGGAAGACAUCAUCAUCGGCAGCUCGCACAUGUCUGAAGACGCUCCAGGAGGCGAACCGAAUGCGGGCAGCUACAAGUUUAUACACGACUCACAAGUUCAAGGCAACUUUGCGCACGGGAAGAAUCUAUCAUGAAGAACAACAUGAGACGGUUUCUUUAAUAAUUGUUAUACUGUAUUAAC